AUGGAAAAAAAUGCAUUUUCAGAGUUAGGAUUUAGUAAUUGGAAGAAAGUAAACAAUGGGGUAAAUUGUGCAUUUGUAUGUCACGAGGGUUCUAUUCCUAAUUCUCCCCAUAAUUUAUGUGUGAAAUCUUGUGAUGAUUUAAUGGCUCAAUCUAAGCAUAUAGACAAAGUUCUUGAUAGGCAUAGUGAUGAAACUAUUGCAAAUAAUCGUUUAAGGUUAAAGACAUCUAUUAAUACUAUUCGAUGGCUUGCAUUUCAAGCAUGUGCAUUUAGAGGCGAUGAUGAAAGUCUUGGAUCUUUGAAUAGGGGAAAUUUUAUUGAGUUAAUUAAGCUUUUAGCUUCCUGUAAUCAGAAUGUUAAUAAUGUUGUCCUUGAAAAUGCUCCUGGAAAUGCUCAAUAUAUAUCUCCCGGUGUUCAGAAAGAUAUAUUGCAUAUCUUUGCUAGAAAAGUGCGUGCAACAAUUCGAGAAGAAAUUGGUGAUUCUAAAUUUUGUAUAAUUAUUGAUGAAGCAAGAGAUGAGUCAAAGCGAGAACAAAUGUCUGUGGUUUUGAGAUUUGUAGACAAGCACGGUUGUGUUCAAGAAAGAUUUUUUGAUCUUAUACAUGUUUCUGAUACAUGUUCUUUGACAUUGAAAACAGAAAUUUCAUUAGUUCUUUCUCGUUAUAAUCUUGAUGUCCAAAAUCUUAGGGGACAAGGGUACGAUGGAGCUAAUUGUCCUUUUGCUUAUUACAUUCAUUGUCUUGCUCAUCAAUUACAAUUAGCACUUGUUUCUGCAGCCAAAGAAGUUUGUUAUGUUCAUCAAUUCAUUUCAAAACUUACAUUAAUUGUGAAUGUUGUGACUGUUUCUCCUAAAUAUGACCAAGAGAAAUUUCACAUUAGAAUGCAAGCUCAACAUUAUGAACUUGAUGUUCCUAAUCAUGUUGAGUUAACUAACUUGUGCACAAUUUCGGAGUUAUGUCAAGGAUUAACGAAGACAGGAAAGUCUUUAACAUAUCCUUUGAUUGAUCAUUUGAUUCGCUUGGUAUUAACUUUCCCUGUUUCAACUGCUACAACUGAGAGAUCUUUUUCAGCUAUGAAUAUUGUGAAGAAUAGACUCAGAAACAAAAUGGACGAUGAAUUGCUUGCUAAUUGUCUUUAG